AUGGAGGGGGAGCGGGCUCGGGCGGGCAGCCCCGAGGCGGCGGCGGCGGCGGCGGAGAGCGGGCGGCCGGAGGCGUUCGCGCAGCUCUGGGCCGAUGUGAUGGGCAUCCUGGAUGGGUCACUGGGAAAUAUUGAUGACCUGGCACAGCAAUAUGCAGACUACUAUAACACUUGUUUCACUGAUGUGUGUGAAAGGAUGGAAGAGCUACGCAAACGGAGGGUUUCCCAAGACCUUGAUAUGGAGAAACCUGAUGCCAGCCCCACAUCUCUACAGCUGCGGUCCCAGAUUGAGGAGUCACUUGGCCUCAAUAGUGCUGCAUCAACACCUGACACUGAAAGAAAGCUCUCUGUUCAUAAAUCAAGUUCUGAAGAAGGCUCUGUAGGGAAAGCAGACUGGAAAAAGAAGAAUAAAUAUUUUUGGCAGAAUUUCCGGAAGAACCAAAAAGGGCUAAUAAGACAGACUUCCAAAGGAGAGGAUGUAGGAUAUGUGGCCAGUGAAAUCACAAUGAGUGAUGAGGAACGGAUCCAGCUGAUGAUGAUGGUCAAAGAGAAGAUGAUCACCAUAGAGGAAGCACUUGCUAGGCUGAAAGAAUAUGAAGCCCAGCACAGGCAAUCAAGUACUGUAGAAUCUACAGACUGGCCUGAUGGUUCUUACUCAACAUUUGAUGGGUCUUCCAAUUGUAAUUCAAGAGAACAAUCCGAUGAUGAAACAGAGGAGUCGGUGAAGUUUAAGAGAUUGCACAAGCUGGUAAAUUCUACUCGCAGAGUCAGGAAGAAACUCAUAAGAGUGGAAGAAAUGAAAAAACCCAGCACAGAAGGUGUGGAAGAGCACUCACUUGACAAUUCUCCUAUACUGGAUGACAGGUCGGCACUUUACUCUGGAGUUCACAAGAAGCAAUUCUACUUCGAUAGCUCCUGUGAGAAGCAGCCAGAGGAUGAUUCGGACUCACUCACUACUUCUCCAUCAUCCAGCAGUCUUGAUACUUGGGGAGCUAACCGGAAGCUGGUGAAGACCUUCAGCAAAACUGAUAGCCGUGGCCUUAUCAAGCCUCCCAAGAAACUUGGGACUUUUUUCUCUUACCCAGAAGAGGAGAAGACCCAGAAAGUAUGCCGCUCUUUGACAGAUGGGGAGAUGAAGAAGAGCCUCGGCUCCCUGAGCCAUGGGAGAACCUGUAGCUUUGGAGGAUUUGACUUGACAAAUCGUUCUCUUCAUAUUGGAAACAGUUCUGACCAAAUGGGCAAAGAAGGAGACUUUGUUUAUAAAGAAGUGAUCAAAUCACCUUCUGCAUCCCGUAUAUCUCUGGGCAAAAAGGUGAAGUCUGUCAAAGAAACCAUGAAGAAAAGGAUGUCUAAGAAAUACAGCAACUCUCUGUCUGAGCAGGAGCCUGGUCCAGAUGUUGUGCCAGGUUCUCCGCAGUCACCGCAGCCAGACACCGACUCCCUGGACAAGCCCAAGCUGAAAGCUGGUGGCUCAGUGGAGAGCCUGAGGAGCUCCUUAAGCGGUCAGAGCUCAAUGAGUGGUCAGACGGUGAGCACAACAGAUUCCUCAACUAGCAACAGGGAAAGCGUGAAAUCUGAAGAUGGUGAUGAUGAAGAGCCUCCUUACAGGGGACCGUUUUGUGGAAGAGCCAGGGUUCAUACUGAUUUUACUCCCAGCCCUUAUGAUACUGACUCUCUGAAGCUAAAGAAAGGCGACAUCAUUGAUAUAAUCAGCAAACCCCCUAUGGGCACAUGGAUGGGCCUGUUGAACAACAAAGUCGGCACUUUCAAGUUUAUCUAUGUGGACGUGUUAAAUGAAGAGGAAGAGAAGCCAAAGCGACCCACCAGGAGACGCCGGAAAAGCAGACCGCCCCAGCCCAAGUCCGUUGAGGAUCUCCUGGAUCGCAUCAACUUAAAGGAGCACAUGCCCACUUUUCUGUUCAAUGGUUAUGAAGAUCUGGAUACCUUUAAGCUUUUAGAAGAGGAAGAUUUGGAUGAACUGAACAUCCGAGAUCCUGAGCACAGAGCUGUUCUCCUCACAGCAGUGGAACUUUUACAGGAAUAUGAUAGUAACAGUGACCAGUCAGGAUCUCAGGAGAAACUUCUCAUUGAAGGUCAAGGCCUAACUGGGUGCUCUCCUCGGGAUUCUGGCUGCUACGAGAGCAGUGAAAACCUGGAGAAUGGUAAAACUCGACGGACCUGUCUUCUGCCCUCAAAAACAGCAAGCGAGCAUAGUUUUAAGGACUUCAGUAGAAACCAGCUAUCAAAUUACCCUACGCUUCCACUGACCAAGUCAGUAGAAACUCUACAGCAAGGGGAUAAAGAAACACGGUUCAGUUGCACACAUCGUGCUUUGAAGAGCUCCAUCAAACCUCCAGCUGUUGCGGGUCUGAAAAAGAACCGCAGAAGUUUACCAGUUGCUGUCUGUCGGAGCUGUGAAACUCUGGAUGGCACCCAGGGAGUGGAUAUGUGGCCAAGAUCUCACUCACUGGAUGAUCUCCAGGCAGAACCCAACACUAGCCUACAGGAAACUAGCAAGGAAAUAGACUCUUUUCCUCAGGAUUCACUGGAUAUAGCAAAAAAGACAACUGGCUUUGCUCUGGAGCCUCAGUCUUGUGGAGGUAGCUAUACGGUAGAUGACUUGAUGCCUAAGCAGAGUAAAGGAGCUGAUGGUUCUCAGAAGGGAAGAGUUAAGGAACUGGACUGCUCUGUAAUGGAGACUGCAGGUGGAAAGCCUCUUCCCUUCCCCCUGAAAAACUGUGAAGCUCAGCCUGCCUUAGUGACACAUCCUGCAACAAGGACAUCUCUGGAAAUACAAAGUAAGGGCUUUCAUGACCUUGCACGGGCGGAUUAUGCUCCUGUCCUCAAGGGAGGUCUAGAAGCUGAGCAAAGAGGCACAAAUGAAGCUAGAAUGCAACCAAAAAAUCCCUCUCAGCCACCACCAGUCCCUGCCAAAAAAUGCCGAGAACGCCUUUCUAAUGGAUUAUAUCAUCCUCCCAUGACUGUAAGUGGGAACCACUCAAGUCUAGAAGCACCGUGUUUACCAGUAAAAAAGACCAGCCCAUCCAGUUCCAUUGAUUGUCAUGGAGUACCUGUCCAUAGGACAUCUUCUGAACAGGACCCCAGUACCCCUCCUAGCCCACUGCCACCCUGGCUGGCUGAGCUCCCAGAGACUGCUAGUGUCCAGCAGCAUGUGAUAAAGCUAGGUCCUGCUUCAGCAAGGAAAAUCUCUUGUAGCAGGGGAGUAGAUCUGGAAAUGGUAAUAGAAACCAAGCUGCAGUCUGAAGACAUUGAUCUUACUGAAGAACCAUACUCAGACAAGCAUGGUCGUUGUGGCAUUCCUGAGGCUUUGGUACAGAGGUACUCGGAAGACUUAGACCAGCCUGAAAAGGAUAUUGCCACAAACAUGGACCAAAUCCGAGUAAAGCAGCUGAGGAAGCAGCAUCGCAUGGCAAUUCCAAGUGGAGGGCUCACUGAAAUUUGCCGAAAACCUGUAUCUCCAGGACUUAUCACCUCUGUAUCUGACUGGCUGAUUUCCAUUGGUCUACCUAUGUAUUCCAGCCCGCUCACAGAAGCAGGAUUCAACACACUGAGCAAAGUGCCUUCUCUGUCACAAACUUGCCUUCAAGAAGCUGGCAUCACAGAGGAGAGGCACAUAAGCAAGCUCCUGGCAGCAGCAAGACUCUUCAAACCUCUUGAUCCAGAGGCAAUUUAACAUGCUCCAUAAUGUGACAUUGCCUGUUAAAGAACCCACUGCUUCUUCCUACACCUAUAUUGCCCUAAUUACUUCACAUAAGUAAAGGGAUCAAGGAAGUGGCUCCCAAGGAAAGGCAGAUAUCUUCCUCAAAGAAUAUGAGAUGUUUCUAUUGCUAUCUUUGACAGCUGAAGGAGAAGAGAAGCAACCACCAGGUAACAUAGAUGUGGUACUUCCCUCCCCCCUCACUCCCCUGGAAAGUGUUUUUGUUUCAUGAAGUGCACGGUUGGCCUGAGACCAGACAGCUCCACAAAAUUAAGGGGCCCUUGUACAUUUUCCACAAGUUUCUCAAAGUGAUACUAAUGAUAAGCUCUGUUUCUGUGGAGGGCUCCUCAGGUUAGGAGCCUUCUUGUACAUCAAGGUUCCAGGUACCUAAAGUCAGUCCUAAAGACCAUGUACAAGCCAAGGUGCAACUCCCAGUAGAAGCUGUUUAGCAAAUGCCUUCUAUUUUUUUUAGCAAUCUAGAGCUAAAUGCAUAUCCCUGUGGUCAUCUUCACUGUUGCUUGGUAUAGGUCCCAGUACGCCACAAAGCCUUUAGCUAGGCCAAAGUUAAUGGACUUAGUUUACAGUAUGGUCCAUUUCUGUCACUCCAUUGCAACUAACCUGAGGAGAGUCAGAAAGCUUUUUUUAUUAUUUGUACAGAGCUGAGAUAAUUUUUAUAACUGCUUUCCAGCAAUCAGCUUUUUAUUUGCCUUAAAAUAAGCUUGUAAGCAGUUAUCUAAUGUUCACUUAUUUGUAUUCAUGUUUCCCAAGCCUUGCUUCAACCUGUCACCCUUAAGUUGCAUUUCAGGUGAUUUUCAUUUGGAGUAGCUUCUAUAAGUUGUCUUGUCAUAACAUCUGAUGUGUUGUAGAGAUGCUUUUACAAAUGCAGUGUUAGGUUUUGGUUUUCAGGCUAACUUCUUGUUCACUACAGUCUGCAUUUGCUGUUAUUACUAAACUGUUCCAAGAUAUACUGCCUUGUAUAUAUGUAACUGCUUUUCAUUUUAAUCAUAUUCUGUGUACUGUGUUUUAUUGUCAAUCAUUAUGCUGCAGCUUUGACUUGGUAUCCUGACCAUACCGAUUCCAAACAGUAGAUUUCUGCAAAUGAAAAUUUGCUUAUGGGAAAUAAAAUGAAUUGAAGCAGCAAACUGUGUCCUAUAGAAAUCAUCAGAUCCACUAAUUAUAUUGCAUGGACAAAAAAAUUCCAAACCCUAUAUAUAUAUAUAUAUAUAUAUAUAUAUAUAUAUAUAUAUAUAUAUAUAAAUUACACUGUGAUUUUACAACAGUUGAUAUCCCUCAUGAGUGAAUGUUAAUAAUUUCCUCUCACUGGAAGAAAGUAUUGUUCUGGUAUAGGUGGUGAGCCAUUUUUCCAUGAUGUAAUGCUAUUUUUCUGCCUAAAUCCAUGUGAAAUGUUCCAUUCACAUAUGUGGCUAAUGACAGAUUUUAUUUUUCUAUAUGGGUACCCAUUUUAUAUACCAAAUACAGAUUAUCAUGAACUGCAUAUAACUAGCUUUUUCUUUGGGGUCUAUACACAAUGUGCCCUUUAGCUUCUUGUAGUGCAGAUGCUCCAUGGAAGACAGAGUAAGAUUUACAUUGGCAGGUAAAGUGAGAUAAAUAAAGAAACCUAGGCCAGGAAGUGUGCCAAUUUCCAGUAUCAAUUCUGCCACCACCUUACAAUGUAAAACUGUGCAAGUCACUUCACUUUUUGGUGCCUCAGUUAUCCUACCCAGUUAUCCACUAAAUGGAGCUAAUAACAAAGUGCACUCUGAUGAGUGAAAAAGUUUGCUUACUGUGUAAAUUCUUUUCUAUAAAUGGUCCUCACUUCAUCAUGUUUUGAGUCAGAUGAACUAUAUGUUGUAGUGCAGUUGAUAAUUAAUCUGCUCCUGAUGGAACUGAUAGGUGUUAGGUAUACUUGCCUAGUUUCAGAUUUCACCACCCUCUGCUACUUUUAGUAUCACCUGUGUAUUCUAGCUACAUAAAUAAGCAGACCAUCAUGUGAACUUAAGUAAUUCAUUCAUAAUUGUUCUCAAGCAAAGCUCCUCUGGACCUUUUUCUGUAAUGUUCUUCUCUCUGUGGAUAACUGGUAUGUCUUCCUAUGACAGCAUUAGGAAACAUAUAGCAUAGGCGUUCUGCACAGCUGGUGAAAAUUUAAAAGGGGAUUUUUAAUGUCUUUUUAAUAAUAAUAAUUUGUCUAUUGUUCUGUUCUGAGGCCUACACAUAAACUAUCAGUAAGCAGGAGGUGGAAGGAGCAGUGAGACCUCCUGGGAUGGCUGGGUGGGACCAGAAAUUAGUAGAAUGUAGUAGAUGGCAGCCUCCCCCAGGCAAGGGAAAAGUCCAAAUUGGCUACAUACAGGAUAAAAAAAAAAAUCCUCUUGUUGCAGGGAAGGCAAGUCAAAUAAUAAAGCUUUCCUGUACAAAUUACUUUUCCCUCUCUUAAUAUCAGAAGGAGAACUACAGAAAUAAGAUGAAGAUGUGUGCCAGACACUCUUUGUAAAGUCCAUGGCUUUUAAAUGAUUAUGUAGCCCAAGAAAAUCAAAUCACACCCAUCAGGACUAAUGUGAGUAGUUUGAGAGUUGUGAGUUUUAAUAAUUGCUUUGUGUUUUGUUUUGUUUUUUAAAGAUUGUGCUCUGUGAUCUUACUAUAAUUUUAGUUUAUAUUUUAAUCUAAAAAGCCUUAAGCUUCUCAGUAUUUGAGCUUCCCGGCUGUGGUUGCCGUGACCUGCCGCGUUCCCUGAGCAGGUGGGGCAGUGCGGUAGAUGAGCCAUAACCUCUUACCAUUUCCUCGCAAAGUUCAGCGCACAAAGCAGAAAUUCGCUUGUCGACUCCUGGGAAGCACAAAAGAAACCUGCUGCUGGAAUCUGCUCUGCUCAGGCUAAUGAUGUUAAGUAUCUAUCCAUUGCACCAUUGUAACUCAAGCAGCUAUUUAACAGUAGAAGCAGCAAGCCCCAAAUAUUACUGAAUGCCGUUAACAACUGUAAACGUCUAUCCAUAACCCUCUAUUACUACUCAGAUAGCAGUGACAUCUUUCGUGCCCUGUGCUCUUUUAUGAGUCUGGCUUUGAAUGCAAACUGGGAGCAUGAUCAGAAGCAUUAAAUAUUGCAUUGUUCAAAUAGGUCAUCAUCUCUAAGAGCAGCAAUAGUGGUCGAUUCACCAAGUCACAGCUGAGCAGUUGUACUGUAUUAUUUUUAAAAUAAAUAAUACUUUUGGUCCAAGAUACUUUUAUCUUUAACUGACACCCUCUGGGGAAUCAAAACUGACAAGCAAGUUAUGUAACAACUAACAAAGUUGCACUUUCUGUAUAUGAAAUCAAUAUUUAAAUAACUUAUUUUUCUCCAUUUGCUGUUCUUAAAUGAUGUAAGUAGCUGUAAUAUACCAGUACUCAAUAUGUCCUGCAGUUUGCUUCAACCCAAGAAAGCUGUGUAUUGUAAAGAAAAAAAAAUGAAAAAAACAAAAUAUGAAUGUGUAAAGAUUAUUGUGCUGUUUCAUUUAGCAAAAAAAAUGGUUGACAAAAGGGUUUUCCUGUGUAUCAAAACUUGUCUAUAAUUAUAUGUCAUACUGUUCAUAGAUAAAAAAUAAAUAAAUUUCCUUGGU